AUGGCUAAUGAUCAUAUCUUGACGCUAUCAUGCCCGGACAAGCCUGGGAUCAUCCACGCUGUGACCGGGAUAUUUUCCAGAAACGAGCUGAAUAUCCUUGAUCUACAGCAAUUCAGUGACCGCACCUCGGAAAAGUUCUUCAUGAGAGUGCACUUUGGUCCAGCACAAGAUACCAAGUUCCUCAUGCCAUACUUGGAUCAACUGGCAGCCGAUAUCCACAUGGACUGGGACUUGCGGCCCGUUGCCGAGAAACCCAAGGUCCUGAUCAUGGUCUCGAAGAUCGGACACUGUCUGAAUGAUCUCCUCUUCCGACAGAAGACGGGCCAGCUGGCCAUCGACGUGCCUCUCAUCGUGUCAAACCAUUCCGAAUUCAAGUCCCUGGCCCAAAGCUACAAUAUCGCUUUCCACCACCUCCCCGUCACCAAGGACAACAAAGCGGAGCAAGAGAGUCGUAUCCUUGACCUCGUCAAGGAGCAUAACAUCGAGCUGGUCGUGCUGGCUCGGUAUAUGCAAGUCCUGUCGCCGACCCUGUGCGAGGCGAUGUCCGGCAAGAUAAUCAACAUUCAUCACAGCUUCCUACCGUCCUUCAAGGGUGCGAAGCCGUACCACCAGGCAUUUGAUAGAGGCGUCAAGAUCAUAGGAGCGACGGCCCACUUCGUGACUGCCGAUCUGGAUGAAGGUCCUAUCAUCGAGCAGAGAGUGACGCGAGUAGACCACAACAUGACUCCCAAGGAGCUUGUCGAUGAGGGCAGCAACGUUGAGAGUCAGGUACUAGCCGCUGCAGUCAAGUGGUGGUCGGAGCGGAGAGUGUUUUUGAACGGUCAUAAGACCGUGGUCUUCAAUUGA